GGUAAAGAUGGUAGAAUUUGAUAAUUGACGGACAUGAAGUUUUCCAGAAUGGGGGCUUGAUACGGGGAGGUUGAGUUUUGAAUUUGUUGAAUGAAUACAUAAAUUAAUGAAUAUCACUCUGAAAAAGUAAUCUUCUGGAUUUUCUAACCAGAUUCCAUGUGAACACGGGAUGACUAGAUUGGAAUUAAAUUAGUAUGAGUUUGACUCUGCCACUAUUUGUGUGAUCUUUAACAAAUUAUUCUUCUGAGUUUUGGUGUCCUUAUUUACACAUGGGGUUUAAAGAUACUACCCCAUCUCAUAGAUUUGUCGCGAUCAAAGGGAUGAUACAGCUUAAAGUGCUCUGAAACCUGCAUAGCGCAUACACACGCGAAGUUUUAUUACUAACAUGUGGACACUGGGUAAUGCAUUAUUCACCGUAACUCUCUCCUUGGACUCACACCUGGGUGUGCAUGUGCUCCUGUCUGGGGUGGAGGGUGGUAUAGGUGGGGAGGAGGGCAGAUGUGCAACACUGCUAAGUAAGAGAUAUUUCACAAGAGAAGGAAACACCGUAAUCUUCUUUGCAAGUCACUUCUACUCUCACCUUCCUCUGAACAUUUCAAGACAGAGAAAUUACUCCUACCCCAAACAAUUUCUUUUUUCCCAUGCCAAGGCCUGUGGUGUGAAGGACUUAUAUUUGGGACAGAAGGAAACCACUUGGCAGCAAUAAAAAGAGAUGGCAAGAAAGAAGUUUACUUCUUUGGAGUUUAUGCUCAGUGUUCUUCUGCUGGUGGUAUUUAUUAUCACCAUCCCUAUAUUUGUGCUUUCAGCCAGACAUUCUUUGGAAUCAGAAGAUCCUGGGACAAGUGCAUCCCCUAUCUCUGCGGAGUGCCCUGUGGUAAAUGAACAGGAGCGGAUCAACUGUAUCCCUGACCAGCCACCAACAAAGGCCACGUGUGACCAGCGAGGCUGCUGCUGGAACCCUCAGGGAACCAUCAGUGUGCCCUGGUGCUACUAUUCCAAGAGUCACGGCUAUCAGACAGAAGGAGACCCUGUGAACACAACGGCAGGAUUCACAGUCCAGCUGAGGAGGCUGCCUUCUCCAUCCCUGUUUGGAAGCGAUGUUGACAAUGUCCUCCUCACAGCAGAAUACCAGACAUCCAACCGAUUCCACUUCAAGUUAACUGACCAGGACAAAGACAGGUACGAAGUACCACAUGAACACGUGCAGCCUUUUGAAGGAAAUGCUCCUUCUUCAUUGUCUUACAAAGUGGAAGUCUCCAAACAGCCGUUCAGCAUCAAAGUGACCCGCCAAAGCAACAACCGUGUUCUGUUUGACUCAAGCAUUGGGCCCCUCCUCUUUGCCGACCAGUUCUUGCAGUUAUCCAUCCUCCUGCCCAGUGCCAACGUGUACGGGCUGGGGGAGCACGUGCACCAGCAGUACCGCCACGACAUGAACUGGAAGACCUGGCCCAUCUUUGCCAGGGACGCAUUCCCCAACGAGGAUGUAAAGAACCUGUACGGCACGCAGACGUUCUUCCUAUGCCUUGAAGAUGCUAGUGGCUUGUCGUUUGGGGUGUUUCUGAUGAACAGCAAUGCCAUGGAUGUUGUCGUCCAGCCUGCCCCAGCAGUCACGUACCGUGUCAUUGGGGGCAUUCUCGACUUCUAUGUGUUCUUGGGAAAUACUCCAGAACAAGUUGUUCAAGAGUAUCUAGAGCUCAUUGGACGGCCAGUCCUGCCCACAUACUGGGCUCUUGGGUUUCAUCUCAGCCGUUAUGAUUAUGAAAGUCUCGACAAUAUGAAAGAAGUGGUGGAGAGAAACCGAGCAGCUGGGCUCCCUUAUGAUGUUCAGCAUGCCGAUAUUGAUUACAUGGACCAGAGGAAGGACUUCACUUAUGACUCAGUCAAUUAUAAAGGCUUCCCUGAGUUUGUUAAGGAGUUACACAAUAAUGGACAGAAGUUGGUCAUCAUUGUGGAUCCAGCCAUCUCUAACAACUCUUCCACAAGUAGCCCAUAUGGCCCCUAUGACAGGGGCUCAGAUCUAAAGAUAUGGGUGAAUGCUUCAGAUGGAGUGACUCCAGUCGUCGGGGAGGUCUGGCCAGGAAAAACUGUGUUUCCUGAUUACACCAAUCCCAAAUGUGCUGAUUGGUGGGCAAAUGAAUUUCAGCUUUUCCACAAUCAAGUAGAGUUUGAUGGAAUAUGGAUUGAUAUGAACGAAGUCUCCAACUUUGUUGAUGGUUCAGUUUCAGGAUGUUCCACAAGCCAUCUGAAUUAUCCCCCAUUCACUCCCAGUGUCCUGGACGGGUACCUGUUCCGCAAAAGCCUCUGCAUGGAUGCCGUGCAGCACUGGGGCAAGCAGUACGAUGUCCACAACCUGUAUGGCUACUCCAUGGCGAUCUCCACUGCUGAAGCUGUCAAGACUGUAUUCCCCAAUAAGAGGAGCUUCAUUCUAACCCGCUCUACCUUUGCGGGGUCUGGCAAGUUUGCAGCUCAUUGGCUAGGGGACAACACGGCCACCUGGGACGACCUCCGAUGGUCCAUCCCCGGCGUACUUGAGUUCAACCUUUUUGGUAUUCCAAUGGUGGGUGCUGACAUCUGUGGCUUCUUGAUGGAUGUCUCUGAGGAGCUCUGCAGAAGGUGGAUGCAGCUGGGAGCGUUCUACCCAUUUUCCCGGAAUCACAAUUGCCAAGGCUACAAGGCUCAGGACCCUGCCUCCUUUGGAGCUGACUCCCUGCUGCUCAACUCCUCCAGGCACUACCUGAACAUCAGAUACACCUUGCUGCCCUACCUGUACACCCUUUUCUACCAUGCGCACACCCGCGGGGACACAGUAGCCCGGCCCCUGCUGCACGAGUUCUACAGCGACAGCAGCACUUGGGAUGUGCACCGGCAGUUUCUGUGGGGGCCAGGCCUCCUCAUCACUCCAGUUUUGGAUGAGGGUGCAGAGAAAGUGCUGGCCUACGUGCCCGAUGCCGUCUGGUACGAAUACGAGACUGGGGCCCGAAUACGGUGGCGUAAGCAACAAGUUGAGAUGGAACUUCCUGGAGACAAAAUCGGACUCCACCUCAGAGGAGGCUACAUCUUCCCCACCCAGGAACCCAGCACCACCACUGAGGCCAGUCGACGGAACCCUCUUGGCCUCAUUAUUGCCCUAGAUGAGAACAAAGAAGCCAAAGGGGAGCUGUUCUGGGACGAUGGGGAAGCCAAAGAUACUGUGGCCAAUAACAUGUAUGUCUUCUGUGAAUUUUCCGCCACGCAGAACCAAUUGGAUGUGAAGAUUUUGCAAUCAGCCUACAAAGACCCCAAUAACUUAUCAUUUAAGGAGAUUAAAAUCCUUGGGACCCAGGAACCUGGAAAUGUUAUAGUGAAGCACAAUGGUGUCCCAAGUCAGAUUUCUCCUAAAGUCACUUACGAUGCUAACCUCCAGGUUGCUGUUAUCACAGAGCUUGACCUUGUCCUGGGGGAGGCUUACACGGUGGAGUGGGAUCUGAAGAUAAGUGACACAGAGAAAAUUGACUGCUACCCUGACCAGCAAGGUGCUUCUGCGGAGAACUGCUUGGCUCGUGGCUGUGUCUGGGAGGAAUCCAGUAUUUCGGGAGUCCCUUUUUGCUAUUUUGUCAGUGAUCUGUACUCUGUCGAUGUUGUUCAGUACAAGGCAGAUGGGGCCACUGCCGACAUCUCCUUAAAGACUGGUGUUUAUGCCGAUGCCUUUCCUUCAACCCCCGUGACCUCCCUCCGCCUGGACGUCACCUACCAUAAGGAUGACAUGCUGCAGUUUAAGAUUUAUGAUCCCAACAAUAGUCGGUAUGAAGUCCCAGUGCCUCUCAACAUACCUAGGACACCAUCCAGCACCUCUGAGGGUCAGCUAUAUGAUGUCCGCAUUAAGAAGAAUCCGUUUGGGAUUGAAAUUCGCAGGAAGAGCACAGGCACCAUCAUCUGGGACUCUCAGGUCCUUGGCUUCACCUUCAACGACAUGUUUAUCCGCAUCUCCACCCGCCUCCCCUCCCGCUACCUCUAUGGCUUUGGGGAAACUGAGCACACGGCCUUCCGCAGAGACCUGAACUGGCACACGUGGGGCAUGUUCUCCCGGGACCAGCCCCCAGGGUACAAGUUGAACUCCUAUGGUGUGCAUCCCUACUACAUGGCGCUGGAGGAGGAUGGCAGUGCCCACGGAGUGCUCCUGUUCAACAGCAAUGCCAUGGAUGUGACAUUCCAGCCCAUGCCUGCCCUGACGUACUGUACCACAGGAGGAAUUCUGGACUUUUAUGUGGUUUUGGGGCCAACCCCAGAGCUUGUCACUCAGCAGUACACUGAGUUGAUCGGCAGGCCUGUCAUGGUGCCAUACUGGGCCUUGGGGUUUCAGCUGUGUCGCUAUGGAUACCAAAAUGACUCAGAAAUUGCCAGCUUGUAUGAUGAAAUGGUGGCCGCCAAGAUUCCUUACGAUGUGCAGUACUCCGACAUCGACUACAUGGAGCGGCAGCUGGACUUCACCCUCAGCCCCAAGUUUACUGGGUUUCCUGCUCUGAUCACACGCAUGAAAAAUGAUGGGAUGCGGGUCGUUCUCAUUCUGGACCCAGCCAUUUCUGGUAAUGAGACCCAACCCUAUCUCGCGUUCACCCGGGGCGUGGAGAACGAUGUCUUCAUCAAGGACCCAGAUGGUGGCAUUGUCUGGGGAAAGGUCUGGCCCGAUCUUCCUGGUAUUGUCAUUAACAACUCUCUAGACUGGGACAGCCAAGUGGAGCAAUACCGAGCUUACGCGGCUUUUCCAGACUUUUUCCGUAAUUCAACUAUCGCGUGGUGGAAGAGGGAAAUGAAGGAAAUGCACACCAAUCCACAGAAUCCAGAGAAAAGCUUGAAGUUUGACGGCAUGUGGAUUGACAUGAAUGAGCCAUCGAACUUUGUGAAUGGGGCUGUCCCUUCAGGCUGCAAAAACCCCACCCUCAACCACCCACCCUACAUGCCAGCUCUGGAGUCCAGGGACGUAGGCCUGAGCAGCAAGACGCUGUGCAUGGAGGGCCAGCAGGUGCUGGCGGACGGCUCCCUGGUGCGGCACUAUGAUGUGCACAACCUGUACGGCUGGGCCCAGACCAGGCCCACCUACGAAGCUGUGCAGGAGGUGACAGGGGAGCGAGGCAUCGUCAUCUCCCGCUCCACCUUCCCUUCCUCUGGCCGCUGGGCAGGACACUGGCUGGGAGACAACACGUCAGCCUGGAACCAGUUGAAGAAAUCCAUUAUCGGCAUGAUGGAGUUCAGCCUUUUUGGCAUAUCCUAUACGGGAGCUGAUAUCUGUGGGUUCUUUCAAGAUGCAGAAUAUGAGAUGUGUGUCCGCUGGAUGCAGCUGGGGGCCUUCUACCCCUUCUCCAGGAACCACAACGGCCUUGGGUACAGGAGACAAGACCCUGUGUCCUGGGAUGCCGCCUUUGAGAACAUCUCCAGGAGCGUCCUGCAUACCAGAUACACUCUGCUGCCGUACUUCUACACCCUGAUGUACAAGGCCCACGUCGAGGGCAGCACCGUUGUGCGACCCCUUCUCCAUGAGUUUGUGUCAGACCAGGUGACCUGGGAUGUAGAUGAUCAGUUCCUGCUGGGCCCUGCCUUCCUGGUCAGCCCUGUCUUGGAGCCUAAUGCCAGAAAUGUCGCUGCUUAUUUCCCUAGAGCCCGCUGGUAUGAUUACUACACGGGCGUGGACAUUAACGCCAGGGGAGAGUGGAAGACGCUGCCAGCCCCUCUUGAACACAUUAAUCUCCACGUGCGUGGGGGCUACAUCCUGCCCUGGCAGGAGCCUGCACAGAACACCCACCUGAGCCGCCAGAAUUUCGUGGGCUUCAAGGUUGCCUUGGAUGACCAGGGUGCUGCUGAGGGCUGCCUCUUCUGGGACGAUGGGUACAGCAUUGAUACCUAUGAAAAUGGAAACUAUUACUUGGCAAACUUUUCUGCCAGCCAGAAUACGAUGAAGAGUCAUAUAAUUUUAAACAACUACAUCUUCAGUACAAACCCUUUGAAACUGGGAUAUUUUGAGAUCUGGGGAGUGGGCAGUAUCCCCAUCACCAGUGUCAGCAUCUCUCUAAGUAACAUGGUUAUGACACCGACCUUCAAAUACAACUCUACAACACAGGUGCUAACGGUUGAUGUAACCAGCAACAAUAUCAACCUGCCUGACUUCAUUUCAUUGACAUGGGCAAGCACUCUGUGAAUACUCAGAGCAAGAGCCUGACUCUGAAGCUACUUACACUUCAUGCUCAUAAAAUUAUUGUGUGUUGCCAAUUGGUUCAUGCCC